AUGAGUGAUCCGGAGCAGGUCAGUGCGCUCCUCAAGCAGCUGGAUGCUCAGAAGAAUGCAUAUCUCGACACUUUCCGUCAGGUGCAUGAGCUGCUCGCCCGAAACAUUGCCGCUACAGCGCCGGUCUCGAGCAGAGGCAAUGCGACGCCUCCACGAAUGCCACUGCCGGAGAUUCCGGAGCCACGCUCGCCUCGGUCACCAAGGCAGUCUGUCUCCCGAUCGAUCUCGGAACGAGAUCCACAUGCAAGGAAGACAUCGGCCGGCCUCGCUACCCUGACUACCUCAUCUGAGUCUCGGCGGACUGGCGAGGACUCGGACACGGACAAUGAUGAGACGUUAUACGUAUCAACUACUCUGGAGCCUUUCUGCUACACUGAAGAGUCUCUGCGUGAGCAUCUGCGAUCCUACAAGUACCAUGCUUUCGGAGCGAAGAUACUGCAUGGUGUGAUCGACAACCCAUCUCGCCUGCGCGAGACGCCUCUGGUGACGAAGCAAAAAGGCCCGGUAGACGACCGGAGCCAUUUAAGUCAUUACCAAAUCUUCGACAUCGGACCUGAUGGCGCACCUUUGCCAGUGGAAAAAAGCAACGUGGAGGAGGAGACCUCGAGAGCUAAUGCUAUCUGGCAGUGCCUGAGAGAGAUCAACCAGCCCCCGAAAGAACGCCUAGCAGUUGGACGGAUUACGAUCUUGCGAGAGCCUAGCCCGAUGCUCUUCGGUGCGGUACAUCAUGUAUUCGACAAGUACCUUGACGUCAACGAACUGUUUCGGCACCUCGUCGAAUCGAAUGGCUCAUCAGCCAACGUCCACCGAGCAUAUGAUGAGGACGUGCGCAAGCAGAGAAGCUUCGUAUUCAACUUUGAAUUCUUUACAAUCAUAGGCGAGAACUGCCAACCCAUGAAAUGGCAGCUUGCAGAUCAGCAGGGAGACAAAAAUGGCCACCAUAUCCCAGUUGCACGCUGUAGCUCCGUGGUCGCGCUGGUGUUGAACGGACCUGCUGUACGGAAGGUCCGCAAUCCGGCUCGACGAGCUACCGACAGCCAUGGCUACGUCUAUGACCCGUGGUCAUCCUGGCAUGUUCUCAACUUACAGUGUUACUCUGACUGGAACGCUUCUACGGAGGUUCACGACUCGUCCAAGCAUUAUGUUAACGGCGUAGAAGCUUUCCUUAUAACCGUACUUGGCGAGUUCCGGGAUGCUCAGAAGCGGUUCGAGGCGAUAUACAAUGCGAUCACGGAUCUCAUCACACCACCUCUGGAGUUUAUGUUCAACUCGAACAUACGUGACACCCUACUAUUUGAAGACCAGCAUUUUACCCUCUCCCGGCGGUACUUCUGGGCCUCCCAAACCCUUGGCUUGAUGAACGAAUCGAUCAGGAAGAUGAUCGAGGCUUACGAGGACACGUUCACCGACGAAGUAUGGGAGGGUACCCACAAGACUCUUUGGCCUCUUCUCGAACGGGACAGUGACCGUAACCAGUACUACAGAAGAAGACUCGCUUCGUUAAAGGCGAAGUUUGAGACUGAAGUAAGAAACCUGCAGAAGCAGAUCGAUGAGAACGAUGAGCGUCGGAGAGAGAUCCAAAGCCUGAAAGAAGAACUGUUCACGGGCACUUCCAUUCAGGAAAGCCGGAAGUCGGUCGAAAACACUGAGAUCACCAUUCAGCAAGGACACAAUAUCAAACUACUCACGCUCGUGUCGAUCUUCUUCUUGCCACUGACCUUCGUCACCAGCGUUUUCGGCAUGACCAACAUGCCCACGGAUGAGCAUUACUGGACAUUCGGUAUCGUCACAGCAUGCGUGUGCGUUCCCUUCUUCGUCCUCAUCGGCUCGUUGAAUACCACAAAGGGCAUGCACUGGUGGCACGUGAGAAGCUCGGCAGCAUUCCGCUAUGUCGGCAACUUCUUCGCGUGGCUAUUCAGGCGGCGGAGCAGUCAUGUUCAGGAAGUGGCCGGCGAUCUUGGCACCCAGACGGCCUCCUUCAAAGCUCGGCCCUCGAUGUCAAGGUCGUCGUCAGCGCCGAACACUCGCGAUAUGCGUUUGCGUCGAUGGUCGUCAAGCCAGACCGGCGACACUGUUAAGCAGAGCGUCGAGAUGAAACCGCAGGAUCGCCCUCACAUUGGCAGUGUCCGACCUGCAGUCGCGAGGGCACAGAAGUCUCGGUUGGUUGAAAUGUGGGAGCUUGAGAGAAGACGCACGUUACAGUUCACUUGA